AUGGCCUCAAUACGACCCGUGAACAGCUUUGACGACGGUCCCAUAUUCUCGGCCAACACCUCCUUGGAGGCUUCGCCUUCGCUCACCAACGGCCGCUCAGAUUCUGUGCUGUCCAGUUCCCCCAAUAGCCAGGCGAGCAUCAUGUCGCCGCCCCUCGAAAAACGUUCCUCGGACCAGAACGGUGCAGACCGGAUACCAGCAGGCCGCUUACGACCCAAGGUGUCUGCACAAUACCUCCGCAACCUGAACGGCGACAUUCGAGAGCGGUCCUUGAGCCCCAACGCGCCGUCACAACCUGCGACCCACGACAGACCCAUCGAUAUACCACAAAGGCAAAGCAGUAUUGGGGGCACGGAGCGGUCGGCAGCCAAGAUGGGAGACACACAAGAAGAUGGGCCCGACGCCUCGGCGGGCAAGGCUGGCCUGGGAAAGACAGGCCGUGUGAUGAAUCGUCUUAUCUCUGAGAACGAGGCAUUAAAACGAGACCUCCAGAUUGAAAAGCUGAGCUCGGAAGAGUCCAGGCGGGAAGCCAAGCUGUUACAGGACAAGAUGGAGAGGAUGAUUGCCGACUACGAGAGUCGACUGCUGGAGGCGAACGUGACCAAGACCCUUCUGGCCCGGAAAGAGCGCCAGGUAGAGAGCCUGCAGGCGGCGGUAGACCUCGAGAAGAAAAGGACGACAGAUGCCCAAACCAAGGAGCGGACGUGGAAGGACGAGAUGGAGAAGACGCGGGACGAAUCGACACGCAAAGUAGAGGAAGCCACGACACACUCGGCGUUGAUGGAAGGGCGUUACAACGCCAUCAGCAGCCACUGGAAGGACCAGGGCGAAGAGGUCAAGCGUGCCAUGACAAAGAUGGGCAAGGAGAUAGCCGACCUUCUUGACGAGCGGAGGAAGGACGACGAAAAGAUCUCGACUUUGCGAGACCUCUGUGACCAACAGGACGGAAAUAUCAAGGAACUACUUCAGCAAAAGGAGGCUCUGUGGCGACAGUUCGAGGCUUACAAGAGAGAGCAAGAACACGCUCUUUCACACAUCAAGUCAAGCGCAACUGAGAGGGAGGCCCAACAACAACAGAUGCUGGCUGAGGCAAAAGAGGUGGUAGACAAGCUCAAAUGGGCCCUGAACGUCAAGAGCCAGGUCGCCUGGGCCAAAUAA